AUGAUAUCUGGACCCAAUUGGUCUACGAACUCACUGAAUUCCGUCACUUCCGAAGAGGAGGAACUUGCUUACGUCGGACGACAGAAUCUUGUUCCAGUCUUGACGGGUCCAGUUGAGACCCACUUCACCCUGGCGGCUCGAUUCUUUUCAGAAAUCAGCGGUUUUUUCACUGCACGUCUUCUCAUGAUUCCAGCAGCAUUGAGACGUCGUUUCACGGUCGAGACGGAUGGCGGAGAUGGCGAAUUCGAGAAAACUUCCCGUCUGAACCCAGGGGCGGUGAGUCUUGGAUUGGUUCUAGGCGUCUUCAAAAUGUUUCUAUCGCCAUUACGAUCAAUGACACGUGGUCUUUCAGUGCGUUGGCUCUUAAUAGUGCCAUCUUGAGCUUUCCAACGCUUCAGGAACUGAGAAAUGCACGCCUCUGUCACGCCGAACAUUCCUGCCAACGUCAUCAUGGUCAGUCCAUUUUUGACGACCCACAACGAUGGCUCUUUUGUCGUUAUCAGUCAAAUCUUUUUUUCCCAGAGGUUCUUCUCAUGUCUGAAAACAUGACAUAUGGCAACAUUAUUACUUCUAAAAAUUUAAUAAAAAUGAAUAAAAAUAAAAGCAUAAAAAACAAAAAAAAUUGAAUUCAAUAAAAAAUGCCUAAAACGCGUCACAGUGAUUGCGGACAUGUAUUUGUAUACUAUAUAUGUUUCAAAGUAUAUUUUACAUAAUCCCUGAAAGUUAUAUAUAAAUCGGAUAAGUACUCGCUGAGAUAUCCUCAAAAAACCAAAACUUAAUAUACUUUUGAGCGGUACUGUAUAUAAGCGCUCGACUAAUAUCUUUGACCAACACAGCUGUGAUGUCAGCAAAAGAGCUGUUGAUGGUCUGAAAGAUUGGGAAAAAAAUUUUCAGUUCUCGUACUGUAGGCUUCGCAUUUGGUUCUACCGAUCAUAUGUCUCGAGAAGUACAUUGAUGAUGAAAUAACGGCUUCCUACACGUUGGCCAUUAGCUGCAUAUUGCGAGCACUUUAUAGUGAGGGACUCGGCAAAAAGGAAUUGUGUGAAAUGGCCUAUGCGAUUGAAUCUCUUGGAUCGAUGUGGGAAGCAGUGUUCAGCCCGGAAACCACGACAAUAAAAACGCAUGUAUGUGGAAAAGAAAUCCUACUGACCUAAGCAAUUUUUUAGGCUUUCUUUGCUCAUUUACCGACCCAGCUUCGCCAGUGCGGCAACGUUAUCGAUCUUGACAGCAGCGGAUUCGAACAUUCAUAUAUGGAUUAUAAAAUUCAACUGAACCCUCACAACACGAGAAACUUCGAUUUGUCAGCACUGGAAAGGUUAAAAAAGACCAAAGGAACCCAUCCAACAACAUAAUUUAGACUGUUACUAUCUCGGCACUCUCUAUCAGAAAUGGAAAGCCGGAGCGUCGAUACAGCGAUACGCGGGCUUCGACGUUUAUACGAACGCCGGCAAAGAAGUCGGUGGGAAAUAUGUUGAAAGAGCAUUUAACGAUUCUCUAGGGACAGCGAACGGGCGGUUUAUUUUUCGCGGCGAAGGUAGAUCAUGGCGACUAUCAAUGCGCCUUCCAAAAAAGGCUGGAUUAAUGAUUCAUUUAUUUUUUUAAUUUGUAUUUCGUUGAUCAAAAGAAAACCUCUAAACUAAUGAAAUUAUAGUAAACGAAAAAGUAAAUUCAAUAGAAACAGAAAUAAUUCAUCAAGUGAGGAUUUUUUUAAAGGCGCACGCAUGGCUGCCAUGAUCUACCAUCGCCGCGCAAGUUAAACCGCCCGUUCGCUGUCCCAAGCCAGCCGUGAACUGGCUAUAUGAGAUAAUAGAGUUAAUAAAAGAAAUGGAGUGAAAUGAAUGGCAAAAAGAGAAAAUUGUUAUAGGAAACGUGGAGCAAAGCCUAUCACCAAAGCUGAUCCACAACCAGCACGACACCCGCUACCAAACGCCUAUGCCUAUCCUUCCUACCAUGCUUUGCUGCAAAACAUCGGAAGCGAACGCAGCAUAGUCAUAUAGUAAUUUGAAAGACGAAAUUUAUAAUCUUUUGUAAAUUCAGUCCGAGAGUUUACACACGCGGCAUGACCCUUGCCAGUCACUUAUAUUGGGGAGAGCCAGAGACAACGCAACAAGACGUCGUGUCAUUCUACUCUAACGGAACCGUAACGUUUGGCCGUAUCGAGACGAUCGCCCUAAAUCUGAUGAACGGGAAAAUAAUGCUCUCGAUCAGCGAGUUCGAUUGGGAAAGUGGUCACGACAAGCUGUACUCAUAUCUGAACACCAACAGCGACCGAAACACGUACAUUUUGAAGUCUGUGUUGGAUAGAUAUUUCCUCGGUGAUCGGACUUUCUGUGGAGUGUUAAAAUCGACACAAACACGCCUCGUAGUCAUUCUUUUGGAGGACGUUAUCGCUACGGCGACUGUGAUUCCUCUUAUGCUCAAAAAGUAUUGCCUUAGCAUCCCCAAUAAAAGAUGCUGGCAGUAA